UUUUCUUUGACCAAACUCUCUUCUCUUCUCUUCUCUUCUUCUCUUUCACAGAACUCUCUUCUAUCUAUCUAUCCCUGUUUCCAUGGAAGCAAGGAGAUGUGUUCAUUUCUCCCUAUCUUUCUCUUCAGCGUUACAUGAACACUGAUUGCUCUCUCUCCUGCUUUAUUCUUCUGGAGAAAAAGGGUUUCUCGUGAUCUCUAAUCGCUCAAAAAUCAUAACUUUCAGGUCACGCUUUGAUGGAAGUCUGUGGCAAUAUUUGAUUUAUACUAGAGUCAAGAAACGUUACUCAAAUCAAGAAUUAGUUUUUUUUCCUUUAAAAAGUUAAUCCAUGGCCUCAAAAACUCCAGAAGGAUCACUUACCAGUUCCUGUAAAAGUAUGUCAGUUAGUACUUUAGCAGAUCAAGUCUCUUCAAGCUUGUCUUUAGCCGAUCCAAGCACUGACAACAGCAAAACCGGUAAUAACAACAACAACAACAAGACCAGCGAGGACCAAGGAGAGAGCGGGAAGAGCAGCACGUGUAGACCGAGCACGAGCAGUGAUAUAAGCGACGAGAGCACUUGCAGCAGCUUCAGUAGCAGCAUCAACAAACCUCACAAGGCCAACGAUGUGAGAUGGGAAGCUAUUCAAGCCGUUAGAACCAAACACGGCGGUUUGGGUUUGAACCAUUUUAGGCUCUUGAAGAGGUUGGGAUGUGGUGAUAUCGGAACCGUUCAUCUCGCUGAGUUGAACGGGACGAGGUGUUACUUCGCCAUGAAGGUCAUGGACAAAACGGCUCUGGCUAGCAGGAAAAAGCUUCUUAGAGCUCAGACCGAGAGGGAGAUACUGCAGUGUCUUGAUCACCCGUUUCUUCCUACACUGUACAGUCAUUUUGAAACGGAGAAGUUCUCUUGUUUGGUUAUGGAGUUUUGCCCUGGUGGUGACUUGCAUACGCUGAGACAGAGACAACCUGGGAAACGCUUCACCGAGCAAGCUGCAAAGUUCUAUGUAGCGGAGGUGCUUCUUGCAAUGGAGUAUCUACACAUGCUGGGGAUCAUUUACCGUGAUCUGAAGCCUGAGAAUGUUCUUGUGAGAGAAGAUGGACACGUGAUGCUUUCGGAUUUUGAUCUCUCCUUGAGAUGUACCGUUAGCCUCUCUAUAGUUAGAUCAACCAAUCCUGGAUCCGAAGGUUUGUCAAAGAACUCAGUUUCUUGCUCUCAACAACCCGCUUGCAUCCAGCAGCCAUCCUGCAUCUCAAUGGCUCCAACGUCUUGCUUCGGUCCUCGGUUCUUCUCAUCCAAGUCUAAGAAGGACAAGAAGGCAAAGACAGAUAACGGAAACCACCAAGUAACUCCCUUACCAGAGCUCGUUGCAGAGCCGACAAGCGCACGUUCCAUGUCAUUUGUGGGGACGCACGAGUACUUAGCUCCAGAGAUCAUCAAAGGCGAAGGGCAUGGAAGCGCUGUUGACUGGUGGACUUUUGGGAUCUUUCUUUACGAGUUGUUGUUUGGUAAAACACCGUUUAAAGGCUCAGGGAAUAGAGCAACGCUGUUCAAUGUCGUUGGUCAGCCGCUGAGGUUCCCUGAGUCUCCGGUUGUUAGCUUUGCGGCUAGAGAUUUGAUAAGGAGUUUGCUUGUGAAGGAGCCACAGCAUAGGUUAGCUUACAAGCGUGGAGCAACGGAGAUGAAGCAACAUCCUUUCUUUGAAGGAGUGAAUUGGGCUCUGGUUCGGUGUGCCACUCCACCUGAGGUUCCUAAACCGGUUGAUCUUGAACCGCCGGUGAAACAUACUCCUGCUACACCAACGGCUUCUGCUGCAUCUACAAGCGUGAGAUCUGACCAGAGCAAUUAUCUUGAGUUUGAUUUCUUCUGAACUAUUUGGAUCAUAUUCUCUUAUUGUUUCUUGUUUUUAGUUUAUUUGAAACAUGUGUUCUUUCUUUGUCUUUUUUCUUUUCUGGACAAGCUCUGAGAUUUGUAUCAUUCUUCAAAUAUCUGAGACAGUUUCUGUACC